GCAAGGAUGCAGAGAAACAGGAUCUCAGACAUUGCUGGGAAUGUAAAGUGGUACAGCCAGUCUGGAAUAUAAUUUGGCAGUUUCUUGUAAAACCAAACAUGUACAUGUCAUAUGCCUCAGUAAUUGCUCUCCUGAGCAUUUAUCCCAGAGAAAUGAAAACUUAGGUUCACACAAAAACCUGUAUAUGAAUGUUCAUAGCAGCUUUAUUUGUAAUGCUCGAAACCUGUAGGCAACCCAUAUAUCCUUCCUUAGAUGGUUAAAACAAAUUGUGGUUUAUGUAUCACCAUGAAAUACUUGUCACUCUACAAUAAAAUUGACUGAUUUAUUGAUAUCCAUAACAACUCAAAUUUUGAAGGGAAUUAAUGCUGAGUGAAAAUAAUCACAAAAGGCCAUAUUCUAUAUGAAAACAUUCAUAUAACAUUCUCAAAAUGUUAAAACUGUAGAGAUGAAAAAUGGAUUAAUGGUUGCCACAGGUUAGGGAUGGUGGGAGGGAAAAUGGGGAGAGGGUUGGAUGUAACUAUAAAGAGGUAGCACCAGAAAGGUCUUUGUGGUGAUGGAACACUUGUGUAUCUUGAUUGUAGUGGUGGUUACACAAAUCUACAGAUGCUAAAAAUGGCAAAAGUAUACACACAUAUUUUACCAAUGUUGAUUUUCUUUUUGGUGUUAUGUAAGAUGUGACCAUGAGGGGAAAGUGGGUGAAGGGUGCUAUCUUUGCAACUUCUGUGAAUCUGUCAUUUCAAAAUAAAAAGUAAAAACCAACAAUGACAGCAAAAAACUAAACAGCCAUAACCAAAUGAAGUGUGUGAAACUGAUUUGAAAAAAAAGUUACAAAAUAUAUGUUUUAGGACAGUUGGGAAAUUUGAAUAUGACUGGUUAUUAGAUGGAAUUAGGGAAUUAUUGUUAAUUUUUUUACCUGUGAUGCUGGUGGUAGUUUGAAGAAUAUUCUUAAUCUUAACGGAUGCAUGUUGAAGUAUUUGGAAUGAAGUGUUCUGAUGUUUACAACUUAAAAAAAAAAUGAUUUGAAGUAUGUAAAGAGAGAUCAGGCAAACAUAGCAAAAUGUUCAUUGUUGAGUCUAGAUGGAAAAUACAGGUAUUCAAUGUGACAUACUUCAACUUUUUUGUAUUCUUAGAUAUUUUCAAAAUAAAACAUUUGAGGGGAAAUUAUCAGGGCUUUCUACAGAUUAAUGCUUUGUAGCUUCAGGCUCUUGGGUGCACGCCUCGCCUGAGUGUCCCAUCUCUGCUUGGGGAUGCGCCCCUCCCUGCGGCUCACUUAGAGCUUCCACCGGAACAAUCCGCCUAAGCGCUUCUGCCGCAUCUCUGGUCCGGGGCAACAUUGGACACCCAUCGAGAGGAAAGCACCUCCGAGAUUCCUAGAGAGGCCGGCCUGGCGACUUGGGGAGCCGGAAGCCCAUCCCGAGGCACUUCCUGUCCGGUCAUUGUUCUUGUGCCGGUACGAGCUGAGGUCCCGGUCCGCCAGACUCCUGCUGCAGCGCCAGUUAACUCAGGUCGGGCCUCUUAGUUGCGCACGGACAUUUGGAAGCGAUGGAAAAUGUAAAAAUCAAACAAGAAAAUGAAAAGAACCUUAAAACUACCUGUAAUUACACCACCCAGAGAUAACUACCCACUCCUAACAUGUUGUAGACAACACUCACCUUGGCCCCGGGAAGACAUUCAGGAAGAAGCUUUUGAAACAUAAAGCUUAGAUGGGGUUUGGCCUCAGCUGGGCAGCUCCCAGCUCCAGGAAUUCCCCUGCUGAGCAGAGAAGAUGACUGCAGAAUUGAGAGAAGCCAUGGCCGUACCCCCAUGGGGCCCAGUGAAGGUGAAAAAGGAGGAGGAGGAAGAAGAAAACUUCCCAGGUCAGGCAUGCAGCCAACAAGUGCACUCUGAGAACAUCGAAGUCCGGGCCCCAGGGGAGGGUCUUCAAACAGGACUUGAUGGUUCAGAAGAGGAAGCAAAGGGUCAGAACAUAUUCUGGGACAUGGCGGUAGUCCUGAAAGCAACUCAGGAGGCACCUGCUGCUUCACCCCUUGGCAGCUACUCAUUACCGGGGACUUUGGCCAAGAGUGAGAUGCAGGAGACUCAUGGGACCAUGAGCUUUCUAGGUGCUGAAACCAAGAACCUACAGUUAAUGGUUCCAAAAACUGAGAUAUGUGAGGAAGCUGAAAAACCCCUCAUGAUAUCAGGAAGAAUCCAGAAAGCUGAUCCUCAGGGACCUGAGUUAGGAGAAGCUUGUGAAAAAGGAAGCAUGUUAAAGAGACAGAGAAUAAAGAGAGAAAAGAAAGAUUUCAGACAAGUGAUAGUGAAUGACUGUCACUUACCUAAAAGCUUCAAAGAAGAGGAAGAUCAGAAAUGUAAGAAAUCUGGGGCAAAAUACAGCCUUAAUUCUGGAACUGUUAAAAAUCCAAAAACCCAGCUUGGGCAAAAGCCUUUUACGUGUAGCGUGUGUGGGAAAGGAUUUAGUCAGAGUGCAAACCUCGUUGUACAUCAGCGAAUCCACACUGGGGAGAAACCCUUUGAAUGUCAUGAGUGUGGGAAAGCCUUCAUUCAGAGUGCAAAUCUUGUUGUGCAUCAGAGAAUCCACACUGGACAGAAACCUUAUGUUUGCUCAAAAUGUGGAAAAGCCUUUACUCAGAGUUCAAAUCUGACUGUACAUCAAAAAAUCCACUCCUUAGAAAAAACUUUUAAGUGCAGUGAAUGUGAGAAAGCCUUUAGUUAUAGCUCACAACUUACUCGGCACCAGAAAGUCCACAUUACAGAAAAAUGCUAUGAAUGUAAUGAGUGUGGGAAAACAUUUACUAGGAGCUCAAACCUCAUUGUCCACCAGAGGAUCCACACUGGAGAGAAGCCCUUUGCCUGUAAUGAUUGUGGCAAAGCCUUUACCCAGAGUGCAAACCUUAUUGUACAUCAGCGAAGCCAUACUGGUGAGAAGCCAUAUGAGUGUAAAGAGUGUGGGAAAGCCUUUAGUUGUUUUUCACACCUUAUUGUGCACCAGAGAAUUCACACUGCAGAGAAACCUUAUGACUGCAGCGAAUGUGGGAAAGCCUUUAGUCAGCUCUCUUGCCUUAUUGUCCACCAGAGAAUUCACAGUGGAGAUCUUCCUUACGUGUGUAAUGAAUGUGGGAAGGCCUUCACAUGUAGCUCAUACCUACUUAUUCAUCAGAGAAUCCAUAAUGGAGAAAAACCUUACACAUGUAAUGAGUGUGGGAAGGCCUUCAGACAGAGGUCAAGCCUCACUGUGCACCAGAGAACCCACACGGGGGAGAAGCCCUACGAAUGUGAGAAGUGUGGUGCAGCUUUCAUUUCUAACUCACACCUCAUGCGACACCACAGAACCCAUCUUGUUGAAUAACAAGGAAGAAAGAGGAAGACCUCCAGCAUUGGUCAUAACGUUCUGCAUCCCAAAUGAGACACCUCUGCUGUUUCUUCCUCCUUUAGAAAAGCGAGGCCUAUAUCCUUAAAAGUUACAGUUUUCAGGAAUGCAGCACAAAAUACAAGAUAAGCAUUUCAGAGGCUAAUUUAAAGAAAACGAAAGUAAGCACCUAAAGGCAAGGACUUUGUUUAAACUGUACCUUAAGCGGUCAUAUUUUCUGAAAUGGAAUGUGGCUUUCUUAGGAAUGGGUCAUACACAGCUAAGUGGUAAUGAUGCUGUUUGGGGAAGGUCUUUUUUGCUUAAUUUUGUUUUUUAAAACUUUGAUCGUUGCUUGAGCAACAGGCAGGUUAUUUGCCUGUUUGAAUUCUGGUUGAACCAUGUAUUCUGGUAUUUCUGGUUAAGUGGUGACUAGGUAAGGAAACUACUUGGGGUAGCAAUUCAACAAUUCAUUUAUGAACGUUUAUAAGCUUUCCAUUUCCUAGGUAAUUUUUUAAAAGCCAGUAAAAAAAAAAAAAAAAAAACUGUCUACUGUACCUAAAAUGGACAGAAAAAGGAAAUGGCCUUUUUCCUUACUGUCUAUACCUCCUGAACCUUGGUAUUGUAAAGCUCUGGGGACCUCUGAGUCUGUUCUGACCACUUCCUAGUCUGCAUGGCCAAGCACUCAAGGAUUGAUGGACACCACACACCAGCUAUAUGUUUGCUAAGAUCGACAGCUCCUUCUCCAAACUACUCAAACCCCUAAUUCCCAUUGCAUUCCAUUUGGGUGAGAUGCAACUAACAGCCCCCUUCCUGGAUAAAGGAGUCAAAGAAUAAAGCUUGCCUAGAGGCAUGCCCCAGU